UUUGACCUUGCACUUCAGUGGUAGGUAUAUUACUUUUGAUCCUCCUACAUCCGGGUGUUUCCCCAGUCUCGAGUCCCUCAAACUUACAGUUCAAGAUCCUGUUGAGCACGAAAUGGAAAAGCUUUUUUCUUCCUGCCCUAAGCUUGUUUAUCUGAGCGUACGAAUCGUUUCAGUAAUUGCUGCCUUUAAUUUCAAGGUCUCUGCGCCUGAGCUGAAGCAAUUGAAGAUAAUAUCAUAUUGUCCUGGGCCUCAGUUUUAUGUUGAUGCCCCAAAGCUUGAAAAUCUUGAUCUUUUCUGUUCGUUCCCUCAGCCAAAUUUUUUUUUGGAAAAUGCAAAAUAUCUGGUCACAGCUGCUGUUGUUCUCAAAAAGAAUUACAAGCUCUUCCUUAUACGACAUGCCUUUCCCAACAGUCUCAAUAUGCUUCUGGCUCAAAUUUCUGAGGUCAAAUAUCUGUCUCUUUCGGCUCCUAUUCCAGUGGAUUGCUGCUUCCCUGCUUUUGGUAAUUUGACCAAAUUGGAGUUGGUUCUUGACCAUUACGAUUACUGGAAAUUGCUAACAGUUGUGCUCCAAAAAGUCCCUAAUCUGGAAUAUCUUUCUUUAGAAGAAAAAGGUAUAGGUGAUCAUGAAUGGUCAUUCAAUCUACCUGAGGUUGUGCCUUCAUGUUUGUCAUCACAUCUGAAGAGUAUCUAUAUGAGGAAAUUCAAGGGGCGGCGGUCUGAGAUGAAAAUGGCCGAGUAUUUGUUAAAAAAUGGUUAUCUUUUGAAUCGGUUCACAAUAUGCUAUACUGGUGUUUUGGAUAAGAAAGAGGAGUUACGCAAGGAACUUUUUAUGUUUCGGAGGGCAAUAACUUGUUCUAUUCUAUUUCUUAUGAGUGAAGAUUUUCUCCAAGGGCAGAAGGCCUAUGUUGAUGGCUUUAAAACUACUCUUUUUGACUGAGAGAGGAGGACUAGUGAAGUAACCUUUCUGCAGGACCAAGUAAUUCCAAGUCAGAUUAUAGGUGCAUGUGGAACUUUCUGUGGUCUUAGACUCAGAUACUCAAUUUGAUUUGAUACAAGACAUAAUGUGUACAUAGUAUCUUCAUCAUGUUUAUAUCUAAUCUUCUUGAGAUAUAUGUAAUUGGUGUUUUGCGGCCUUGGCCAAUUGCUCACAGCUAUUUCUAUA